AUGUCUCUUCCACUCCCCGAACCCUUCGCCCAGAUCCCACGAUACCCACUAUUAUACCCUCACCCCUCGCCCAUCCACCCGCUCCCGACACUGAGAGAUCUCACCGAUCCAACCUAUAGGCGCGUCUCCGUCUUCAGCAAGCGGGAAGACCAUUCAUCGCCACUAGCCUGCGCAGGCAACAAAUACCGGAAACUUGAAUACAUUAUCCCCGAUAUUCUAUCCCAGACCCCGCAACACCACCACCAUGAACACCACCCGACCAGCCAGCCCAUGCGGGGCCCCGCAACCACACUGAUAACAGAGGCUACGCAUGGAGGCCUUGGUGCUGCUACACCGCGGGACGGGGGCGGGCUGGGCGCCAGCUCGGACCCGGCGGCCUUUGAGCGCGUGGGCAACGUGCAGAUCAACCAGCUGGUCGGCGCGCUCGUAGAUAUCCUCGACGCCGACGACCCGGUUGCUGAGGAUGCCACCCCGGUUCUGGAGCACUUAGCCUCAUGCGGCCGUAACCCGUAUUGGAUCCCCGGCGGCGCGAGCUUGCAUCCGCUCGGUGGGCUGGGGUAUGCGCGAGCGGCGGUAGAGAUCGAGGCGCAGGAGGCGCAGUUGCAGCUGGGCGGGUCCGGGCGCUAUGAUUAUAUCUUUGUUGCAUGCGGCAGUGGCAGCACUGUUGGGGGUUUGAUUGCGGGCUUUACGAUGCUAGAAAAGAACCGUCAAGCAGCCGUUUCUACUCCUACUUCUUCGGGAGACCAAGACAGCACUCGUGCCGAGGGGCGAUUGCCGCCGCGCAAUGUUAUUGGCGUGCUCACCUCGCCUACCAAGCCGCGCCAGUAUCAUGAGGAGCGGGUGCUCACCUUUGCGCGGCGAGCGGGAGCGAUGAUCGGUCUCGACGCCGAGCGGGAUAUCAGCAUGGAGGAUGUACAGCUGGAUGAUCGAUUCGUUGGAACCGCGUACGGGGUGCUGGAUCCCGGCACCAAAGAAACGCUGCAAGUUAUGGCGCGGGCAGAAGGCAUGAUGCUAGAUCCAGUGUAUACGGCCAAGGCAGCCAGAGGAAUGAUGUACUGGGUGGUGCACGGACAGGCUUUCGAGAACUAUGCCCGGAAACAUAAUUUGGACGAGGUGAACGUAUUGUUCAUCCAUACUGGUGGCCAGGCGGCCCUGAGCGCGUAUGCAGAAGGGGUCAAAGACACCUGA